GCUUCAUCGACCAUCGUCGCCAAUUUUCGUUUCCAUCGUUCAAUCAACCAGACAAGAUAUUUAUCGCUGAUUGCAUUGGAAAUUAGUCAAGAUGGUUCUCGCGGUCGAUCUCCUCAACCCUACCCCUCAGUCUGAGGCUCGCAAGCACAAGCUCAAGACCCUCGUGCCUGCCCCCCGCUCCUUCUUCAUGGACGUCAAGUGCCCAGGCUGCUUCACAAUCACCACCGUCUUCUCACACGCCCAGACCGUCGUUAUCUGCGCCGGUUGUUCGACUGUUCUCUGCCAACCUACCGGUGGUAAGGCCCGUCUUACCGAGGGCUGCUCUUUCCGACGCAAGUAGACGAUUCGACCGAAUGAAAAAAGAAAACUGGGACGAAAAUAUGAAACGAUAGGAAGUCGAAAAUUUGUUUAUUUUCUCGCCGAUUACGACAACCCUUUUUCCUUCAUCAGUGGGGUUGAUCACUGAAUGAGGUCUUACUUCUUCUUUGGAUUGGCUAUCAGAAAUGAUACCGACCGGAAAGAUGGCCUGAUUCAUUGAUUGAUUUUCAAAAUGGUGGCGUUUCUCGAACUCCGUUCUAUUCGCUUUUUUUUUAUCGUGUCCUGUUCGUCAGCGUCAGCGUCAACAAUCACCGCGACUCGGUCAUAUCAUAUCGAUUUGGAUGAAAUGGAAAUGAAAUAUGAUUGAUUGUUUUCAUGACUUUGUUUUCUUCCUUUAUUUACUUUUUUCUUUGCUCUUCGGACACAAAAAAAGAACAGAUAGAAGAUGGACUCUUGGUUUCGCCUCCAAUUUCUCACACCAUACGACACCUUUAUACCACUGAAAACCCGCCCCCGUUUUUUUUAUACAAAAAAAUCUCUUACAAAUACAAAAAAUGUUAAAAAAAAAAAGAGCCGUCCUUGCGAAGCACAUACUAUAUUACAUUUUUGGAGCGGAGUUCCGGAUAUCUGGUCUAUUUCUACUAUCGUUCUGUCGAUCGUGAGGUUGAUUGAUAGGUAGGAUAGGAUUAUGCAUCUAUGAGCAUGUUGUUUUGUUCAA